AUGCUCGAUUAUUGUGACGAAUUUUUGUGCCCCCUUUCGGGACAUAAAUCCCUAGCUCCUCCAAUUCUCUGA